CCUUUGCUGUCGCUUGGGUCUGGGCUGCACUUAGGAGCCUCCGCCCUCGGGAGCCCACUGGGGUCUCGUGUGUCCCUUCGUUCGUUCAUUCAUUCAUUCAUUCAUUUGCGCAGUCCACAUGUUGGCUGAGCGUCCUUUGUGCCAGGCCUCCUUGCAGGGGCUGAGAAUGAACCCCAUCCGCACUUGCAUUCUACUGUGACAACUUCCCUUAGUGGCAAGUGCUGCGAAGACAAUAAAAGAAGAUGCUGUCACAGGGCUUGGGGAAGGUCGCCACUGCAGAUGGGUGGUCCGAGGAGGCCCCUCUGGGGAAGUGACCUAUAAAUGGAAACCUGAAAGAUGGGGAGACAGUCAUUUAAGGAUUUGGGGGACCGGUGUGCCAAGGGUAGGAGUGGCCCACAGGAGGCUGGUGUGGUUGGAGGGGCUGGCUCCAGGGAGACUGGGAGCCGGCUGCAUAGCCAGGGGCCAUGCCACUGGGGCCAUAGAUAGCUAUGGAAGAAUAUUGAGGACCGGAGUGACAUAUUGUAAGUUUAAAAGCUCCCCCUGGCAGCUUGGUGGAGAAUAGGAAUAGCAGUGUAAGGUGGUGGUGGUGGUGGGGGGUGUCCCGUUGGGAGGAGGACUAAAUGUGGGGAGGUGGCUGCCCUAUGGCAAGGGGCAUGGGAUCACUGGGUGACCAGGCGGAACUGUCACCACAGGAUCUGCCUCUCUGUAACUGGGAGGAGGUGGAGAGGAGCCUGGGAGCCGCUGAGCCCUCCUCCAGCCUUCCCCUCGCCUAAUCUCCAGCCCAACAGUCCUCCCAGUCUAUCUCUCUUCCCUUCCCUCCCUGCCCUGUCACUUGUCCUUACUGUUCCCUUUCAGGCCUGGACAUUCGGUCUCCCGUUCUGAGCCCAGUGGCAUCUUCUGGACUCUCUGAGGGGCAGUCAGGACUGCUUCGGUGAAGUUCCGACAGUCCCAUGGCCCCGGCCGGCCGCUGAGCUCCAACAUGGGCAGCUUUUACUCGGAAUACCUGAACUCCAGCAAGGUCCUGGAGCACUACACAUACACCAAAGAGACGCUGGAAACACAGGAGACACCCUCCCGGCAGGUGGCCUCGGCCUUCAUCAUCAUCCUGUGCUGCGCCAUCGUGGUGGAAAACUUGCUAGUGCUCAUAGCCGUGGCACGCAACAGCAAGUUCCACUCGGCCAUGUACCUGUUCCUGGGCAACCUGGCCGCCUCCGAUCUCCUGGCCGGCGUGGCCUUCGUGGCCAACACCUUGCUGUCCGGCCCCGUCACGCUGGGGCUGACGCCCGUGCAGUGGUUCGCCCGGGAGGGCUCCGCCUUCAUCACGCUCUCUGCCUCCGUCUUCAGCCUCCUGGCCAUCGCCAUCGAGAGGCAUGUGGCCAUCGCCAAGGUCAAGCCUUACGGCAGCGACAAGAGCUGCCGCAUGCUGCUGCUCAUUGGCGCCUCGUGGGUCAUCUCGCUGGUUCUUGGUGGCCUGCCCAUCCUUGGCUGGAACUGCCUGGGCCAGCUCGAGGCGUGUUCCACCGUCCUGCCUCUGUACGCCAAGCACUACGUGCUGUGCGUGGUGACCAUCUUCUCCGUCAUCCUGCUGGCCAUCGUGGCCCUGUACGUCCGGAUCUACUGCGUGGUCCGCUCCAGCCACGCCGAAAUGGCCGGAUCACAGACGCUGGCCCUGCUCAAGACGGUCACCAUCGUGCUUGGCGUGUUCAUCGUGUGCUGGCUGCCAGCUUUCAGCAUCCUCCUCUUGGACUACGCCUGCCCCGUGCGCUCCUGCCCCGUCCUUUACAAAGCCCACUACUUCUUCGCCUUCGCCACGCUCAACUCGCUGCUCAACCCCGUCAUCUACACGUGGCGCAGCCGGGACCUGCGGCGGGAGGUGCUGCGGCCGCUGCGGUGCUGGCAGCGGGCGGCGGGGGUGCAAGGGCGGCGGGGUGGCACCCCGGGCCACCACCUCCUGCCGCUGCGCAGCUCCAGCUCGCUGGAGAGGGGCACGCACAUGCCCACGUCCCCCACAUUCCUGGAGGGCAACACGGUGGUCUGAGGCCGCAGGGGCCGGUAGGUGGACUGGCAAUCGGGCCACAGCAGGGGGCUGCGUGGAGAGGCUCCAGGUGACCUCAGACAGGGGCAAGGGGCUGCCACGACAAAUGCCCCACCCCCCCCAGACCCGGAUGACAUCGCAAGCAUUUCACACCCUGCGUGGCCAGCUGGGGCGCUGCCUGGUCUGGUCCCAGUGCUGCAGUGGGGUCCUGGGGUCAGUGCGGUGCCCAGUGUGACCCCUUUAGAACUGGAUCGUGGGGACACGGGGGGGGGCACCCAUAAAGGGUGAGGUGACAGCAGGCGUGCACUCAAGGGGGGAACUCAGGGCAGGACCACUUUACCACGCGGUUCAAAGGAUUCCAACAUUUUCCUGUCGGACCCCCAACCCUGCACCAAAGUCCCCUCUCUGAAUCUAUCCUCCCGUGCCACCUUCUCUGGACAAGCUCAGGCCACUUCUUUGGAACCACUGUCGGGAAGAGCUCGAGGCCCCUCUAGGGCCUCAAUCCACAGCUUCCCUAAAUUUCACCAGCUGCCACUUGGGCGACUUCUUCCCUUUCCUCUGAGUCCACGAGAUGCCCGGAAAUCUCGGGGUGGAGGUGGCGAGGGGAGGGGGCUGAACCCAUCCCCGGAGCUCAGACCUCAUUGGUCAGUUGCACUAUUGGGGGCAUAGACGAAUAAUAACCAAAGGCGGGAAAUACCAGUUUGGGCGAAGCUGCUUCUCCUGGUGUGGGGCAGGGUGGGACUUGAGAAAAUCCUGGGGGAAAUGUUUGCACAGGAUCCCUGCCUUCCAAAUGCCACCCCCACCAGCCGUCCCCUCCUCCGAACCUGCAGCCCCAGCCAAGGUCCCAGGUCUCUGAAGGCAGGGCAGCCCUGAGUGCCCUAUGCCUUCUUUCAAGUUAUAUUGAAUGGGGGGGGUGGCCAAGGACAUAUCUGAGGGUGCUGUCCCCUAACCUCCCCCGGAAGGACUUUAUGAAAUCCUGUGGAUAGACGGAAGGGAUUUUGCGGUACGAACAUAUAUUUAUGUGUGUCUGUGUGUGUGCACAUACGUGACGUCUGUGACCCCUCUCCCGAUCACGUAUCCCCCCGAAUGGAUGCUGUUCUGUCUCCUCUUGUCCGUGUUGAAGCUGCCAAAGGAAGGUUCUGGCGCUGCCCAGACCCUGAUUGCUGACUCAUCCGCCCCCUGAGAGCUGGGGUGCAGCUCACACUGGGGACGGAAACCUCACGCCUGCCUGCCUCGAAGCAAUUUCUUGUGAAUGCAAAGGCUGGGGGAAGGGGUCUUUGGGGGGCAAGGAGCCAGUCAGGGGCUUGUCUCCCCGACACACAGCUCCCCAGACCCCUCCUCAUGCCUGCGACUCAGAUGUAGGCCAAUAAACAGUUCAAUCUCU